AUGUCCACACCCACAACGGAACCCAUCCAAGCCCGGCGCGAGGAAGACUACGCGCGCUUCAAAAACUACGCCGCCUACACAUUCCUGGUCGCAUCCCCGAUCCUGAUCGCCCUGCCGCCCCGGAAACUCGACCACCUGACUGUGCUGCUGGGCACCGCCUUCGCCUUCUCCGCGAACCAUGUCACCCACGAGCGCACGGGCCGCAGCAUCGUCGACCGCCUGCAUUCGAAGAUCUCCUCCGGGCGGACGAUUGUCCCGUCGGGGUUGCCGAGUGAGCGGGCGCUGGAGAUCCAGGCGCGGAUGCGCGCGGCGCGCGAGAAGCAGUUGCGGGAGGGGGGGCUGACGACGGAGGAGAUUGAGAAGCUGAGGGCGCGCGAGAUGCAGGAUAAGGGUGUGAUGCAGAGGGUGUGGAUGGGUGGGGAGUCCGAGGGGUGGAAGGAGAAGAGGCUGCGCGAGGAGCAGGAGGCGUUGGAUGCGGGCAAGGGAUAUGGGGAUUUGAUCAAGGAGCAUAUUUGGGAUGUGUGGACGUGGGGGAAGAACGAUACGGAGGAGGGCAAGAAGGAGUGA